AAUUAUCAAGUAUCGUGUUGCCCAGUGUUUGGAUGAAUAGCACAACCUGUUUCACGAUUAGCUACCAAGGACUAAAGCAACCUGUUGAACUGACGCUAUUUUACACCGUUUUGAGCCCAGAAACGGACUUAGAUUGGCAAGGUUUGAAGUACUGACGUAUCGCGUCCUCACAUAGUCAUCACAGGAACGUGGACAAAAGAUUACGAUGAUCUGCAGAGAAAAGCAGAAGUACAUUUGUUUACAUAUCGAGUUCCCAACAGCUUAGUGGCGGAUUUCCUUCGCAUACAAACAUUAUUAUGUCGGGAUCCGUAAAAGUGGAGUCAGGACCUGCAGACAGCGCUACCUGGCGGAUGUCUACUGUAACUGCAGGUAGUAAAGGGAGUCGUGGGAAGACUACAAAAGGUCCGUCCAAAGACACUUCUGCGCAGUCUCAGGAUAAAGAGGCGCGGGUUCCAUGGGAGUCGUUCGGCGGCAGGAUCAAAACUCCUAACACCGUGGAGUUUGAUCGACAGUUGGAUCACGUGGCUAAAUGGGUGGAAGAGUGGAGCCAUAAAAAGAGAAUCAUAGUCCUGGAGGCCCUACUGAAGAGAUGUAACUACCAACAGUUCCAGUUCUUAUGGACGGUGUCACAACCCACCCUACACAGGGACUUCAUGUUUGCUGCGAAGCGGGACUACCCCAGCACCAAGUUUGUACCGAUCAGCACACACCUGACACGGGAGAUCAGGCAUCGGCUGGAGCUGUACAGGAGUGACAAGACACACAGACUGAAGAGCGCGCUCUUACAGACCCCGUCUGACGUCAAACACGCCAACCAACCAGAGACGGCCUUUCCCAGGAUAGACGACAGCAGAUCUCAACACGGCAAAAGGUCGCAGAUUCCAUUGUCAAGAAGUACCGGAAGUGUAAAACUGCCGAGUAUCAGGCAAGAGUCCGCGGCUUCCGGCGGAGGACUUGUCCAGAAGGAGUUGUCUCAAUCCGCACCUGUGUCACAGUGGCUGAAGGGGAUGCCCAGUCGGAGACAUGUGCAGGAGGAGCUCAGUCCCAGAGGAGAGGGGUCGUUCGGGAAGAUCGUUCCUUCGGCGGGCGCCAUGCGGAAGGCCGUCAAUGAGUCGUUCCUCAGCAAGGACGAGCGAGCGCAGACGCGGUCAGGUAUCUUACCGAGGGAGGCGUGGCAGCUCAUCCUGUGGUUCGAGCAGUCCUGGGACGAUGUGAAGAGGAACGAGUUUCUCCACAAGUUACUCCUGAAGCUGGACCCGAGACAACACUACUUCAUCUCAUCCUACCUGUCGGUAAAACAGUACCGCGACUUCAUCACGUUACUGCCCGAGCACCUGGCGCUGAAGAUCCUGAGCUACCUGAAGCCGACGGAGCUCCUUUCGGCGUCCCGAGUCAGCCAGGCCUGGAACCGCAUCAUCAGCGACCAGGGGCUGUGGAGGGUCAAGUGUUACGAGACCGUCAUGAAGCUGCCCAUCACAGCGCAUGUGCAGGAUUGGAAGAAGCUGUACAAGGACAACUGGUUCCUGCAGAGGAACUGGGAUAUCGGCAGGUGUCGCAUCACGGAGAUCAGAGGUCACUCGGACAAGGUGUUGUCAGUGGCGUUUGAAGGCAGGCGGAUGGCCAGCGGAAGUGCAGACAAACUUGUCCGAGUCUGGGACAUCAAGACUGGCAACCUGCUGCACACACUGAAGGGACACACGAAAGGCAUCUGGUGUCUGCAGUUCUUCACGAAACACCUGAUCCUCAGUGGUUCCUACGACUCCACCAUAAAGAUCUGGAACCUGCGCACUAACACCUGCGCACGGACGCUGUUCGGGCACGAGGGGCCGGUGUGGGCGCUGGUCAGGAAGGACGUCAUGAUGGUCACGGGGUCACAGGACAAAACGGCGAAGAUUUGGGAGAUCCGGCGGUGCCGGCUGGCGCACACGCUGAAGGGGCACUCCGCCGCGGUGUUCGCUGUGGACAUGGAUGACGACUGCACCAUCGUCAUCACCGGGUCCGCUGAUAGGAGUAUCCGUAUCUGGAGCUGUGAGAGCGGGCGGAGCCUGAAGACCAUCUGGGCCUCCCACACCACCUCCAUCAUGACGGUCAGCUAUCACCGCGGCUUUUUCGCCUGCUCCGCGGGCGGCAUGAUCUUCCUCUGGAACCUCAAAACCGCCACGUGCAUCAAGAAGUUCCACGAACACGAAAAAAGAGUGGAAAAGCUGCAGCUGCAGAUCACCAACCCGGAGAAGGUGGAGGGGCUGAUGGUGUCAGCCGGGAAGGACGGCAUGAUCAAGUACUGGGACAUCAGCAAGGACAAGUCCAUUCAGACCAUGAGAGGUCACAAGGGGCAAAUCAACUGCAUACAGUUCGAUGAGACCAAGAUGGCGACGGCCUCCGCGGACGGGAAGAUUCGGGUUUGGGACUUCCACAUUUCUAGUAAAACGGACACGAACGUGGUCAGGGUCAAGGAUUACGUGGACCCAACAUGAACCUCUAACUUCGGGAUAUUUUAAAUCAUCACGUGAUAAGAGUAUGGCAUGAAGUGGUCACGCGGUGAUCACGUGACCACAGUAUGACUACAAACGUGAUCAAGGCCAAGGAAUAUGUGGACCAAACUUGAACGUCGAGACUCAGCGAAUGAUCACGUGACAGGAGUAUAACUUGAAGUUGCCACGUGAUGAUCAAGUGAUGGCAGUAUGACUACAAACGUGAUCAACUGUGGACCCAACUUGAACUUCGGGACUCAGCGAUGAUCACGUGACUUCAAGUUGUCAAACUGGACUUGUGAUGAUCUUAUGGAAGCAUUUGUAUUUCGACUUUGCUAUGACGGAUGGUCAAUAUAUUGUAAAUAAACCGAAAAACACAUGGACAAGAAACUAAAAUAUGGCAGAGGAGAUAUCACCAAGGAUGUCUUAUGAUGUGAUCAGUUGUUUCCUAUGAGAACUAACGUCAUAGCCAUUUUAAUGGACCAGGCCAAAGAGUGCAGUUGUGCCAGGCCACCUGUAUAUAGUCAAGAUAAUAAUUUUCAAAGAUCAGCUGCUGAAGGGUAUUCCGUCCAUACAGACUUUGGGUACUGCAAUGAAGCCAUUGAAUUGUGUAUGCUGCAUUUUCUGUAAUAAAAUUAUACUAUUUUUUCCUAAAAAGGGUUUCAAGUUUCAUUUAUACACAAUCCUCGUGUAAAAUGUCUAUUGUUAACGUUGUUCUUUCUCCACAUGAUAAGAAGUUAAGAAAUGCCCAUUUGUCUUACAUUUGGCUACCUAAAUGAGCAACACGAUGCUUGUCGAUCUUUUCACAAUAUGUAUAUUAUAUUGUCGACACCGAAUCUCCAAGUGUACAGACCAUAUAGCACCAGGAUAUAUGUUUUCACAUUUAUCUAAAUACCACGAACAUAUAGGAAUUAUUCCUCUAAAAUGAAAUCUAACAAAUGAAAUCUUCAAUCUAAACACAAGUAUAAGACCUUUCAAAAAGGACAUUAUGGUUAUUUGAUACCUGGCACAUGUCAUACUGACAUGUAUUAAAAACAUAACAAUCGUUCUAUAUUCAAAUAGGGAUCGUAGAUACCAGCAAAUAUUUGGAUCCCUGAUUGAAAAAAUUAAUAUUUAGGUCUGUACAAAGAAUAAGACAGAUACAGCUUGUGGGGUAAAAACAAGUAAAAUCAUAAACACUAACCUUAAAGUCCCAGCAUAGCGGAAACAUUUUUUUUUCACCUUUCAACUGCACUGGCGAAUUACGACACAAUGUUUAAGACAUGUCGUAAGUUUGUAACUAUGCUAAAGAAAA